AUGGGGAAAAGUGACGGUUACGACCGUUGGGUUUCGAAGAAGCCAAUGACUGCCGGGAGCGGAGAGUUUAAGACGCUCAGGCCUGCGCUUCUCAGGUCGGUCGGGGAUCGCACCGGCUCGGAGCUGACGCUCCCUCGGGAGCCGAGUGGGACUGUCUGCGUCCCUCUCUCCACCCCAGGCAAAUCCGGCUCCAAGAUUCAGACCACCCCCAGCAAACCCGGCGGGGACCGCUAUAUCCCCCAUCGCAGUGCGACCCAGAUGGAGGUGGCCAGCUUCCUCCUGAGUAAGGAGAACAACCAUUCGGAAAACAGCCAGACGCCCACCAAGAAGGAACAUCAGAAAGCCUGGGCUUUGAACCUGAACGGUUUUGACGUGGAGGAAGCCAAGAUCCUUCGGCUCAGCGGGAAACCACAAAAAGUUCCAGAGGGUUACGAGAACAGACUGAAAGUCCUCUACAGCCAGAAGGCCACGCCCGGCUCUAGCAAGAGGACCUGCCGCUACAUCCCUUCCCUGCCGGACCGGAUCCUGGAUGCCCCUGAAAUCCGCAACGACUAUUACCUGAACCUGGUGGAUUGGAGCUCGGGGAAUGUGCUGGCCGUGGCAUUGGACAACAGUGUGUACUUGUGGAGCGCCAGCACUGGCGACAUCCUGCAGCUGCUGCAGAUGGAGCAGCCUGGAGACUAUGUUUCUUCUGUGUCCUGGAUCAAGGAGGGCAACUACCUGGCUGUGGGCACCAGCAGUGCGGAGGUUCAGCUAUGGGAUGUGCAGCAGCAGAAGCGGCUUCGGAACAUGACCAGUCAUUCUGCCCGAGUGGGCGCCCUGUGUUGGAAUAGCUACAUACUGUCCAGUGGCUCACGCUCCGGUCACAUCCAUCACCAUGAUGUUCGGGUAGCAGAACACCAUGUGGCCACACUGAGUGGUCACAGCCAGGAAGUGUGUGGGCUGCGCUGGUCCCCAGAUGGACGACAUUUGGCCAGUGGUGGCAAUGAUAACUUGGUCAAUGUGUGGCCUAGUGCUGCUUUAGAGGCGGGCUGGGUUCCCCUGCAGACAUUCACCCAGCACCAAGGGGCUGUCAAGGCUGUAGCUUGGUGUCCCUGGCAGUCCAAUAUACUGGCAACUGGAGGGGGCACCAGUGAUCGGCACAUUCGCAUCUGGAACGUCUGCUCUGGGGCCUGUCUGAAUGCUGUGGAUGCCCACUCCCAGGUGUGCUCCAUCCUCUGGUCUUCCCACUACAAGGAACUUAUCUCAGGUCAUGGCUUUGCCCAGAACCAACUGGUUAUUUGGAAGUACCCAACCAUGGUCAAGGUGGCUGAGCUCAAAGGUCACACAGCCCGGGUCCUGAGUUUGGCCAUGAGUCCAGAUGGGGCCACGGUGGCAUCAGCAGCAGCAGAUGAGACCCUACGCAUGUGGCGCUGCUUUGAGUUGGACCCUGCACGGCGGCGGGAGCGGGAAAAGGCUAGUGCACCCAAAAGCAGCCUUAUCCAUCAAGGCAUCCGUUGAGGACCAACUCAUCACUUCAGUUUUUAUGUUUGCUUUUUUUAUUUUUCUAAUAAAGUCAUGUCUCUCUUCUCCUUG